GCGAUUUCAAGGUCAACAUGGUCAGGCGUUUCUAUUCAAUUUUGUGGUGAACAUCAUUGCUGGAGAAGCCGAAGAACGAAGCAUGACGACGGGUGUUCAUGUAGUACAAGAUAUUUCAUGUUGUCAAUGUAAAACGGUACUUGGUUGGACCUAUGUAAGUUUUCAAAAAAAAAAAAAGGAUUUAUAACAAAAAGUACUUAAUCACUUUCUUUAUGAUUUCCCCCCUUCCCCCUUUAUAAAAAGGUCAAGGCGUAUGAUGAUGAAAACAAGUACAAGGAAGGAAAAUUCAUAUUAGAAAAGAAAUUAUUAACGGACGUACAUUAGAUAAGUAGAUUUUUUUUAUUAUAUAUGAUAGUAUUGUGUGCUUCCUUUUUUUAUAUUUUAUCUUCUCUCUCUCUCUUUUUUUUUUUUUUAACAUUACCUAUAAUGCAUUUUCUCCCCUUUUCACGAUUGUUUAUUUUUUCCUGCUUUUUAUUCCCUUUGUACCUUUUCACUUCUUUUUUUUUGUUGUUGCUAUUCAAGAAUGAUUAUGCAAUCAUAGGAUAUUCCCCUUCUCUUCCUUCCACCCUACUCUUCUAGUUGUAGUCAUAGUCAUUUCCCAUGAUUGUUUCCCCUUUUUUAUUUUACAUUGAACACUUUUUAUCACAUCUGCACAUUAUUUACAAUCUUAUUGUUUUGUUUUUUCCCUUCUUCUUCUCAAAUGAAUUCUUUAUUAGAUUCAAACAAUAAAUAUAAAACCCUAUAUAAACAACAUCAUCCUCAUCAAAAUAAUAAUAAUAAUAAAAAAUAGUUCAAAAUA